ACCACUUUUAUUUACCUUUCUACCACCUUUAUUUAUUUAUACAUCAAGAUUCAAGACACAAAUUUCUGCUGAGUUCCUUGGAAAAAAAACAUAAAAACAAGACAGUAAAAACACAGGGAAAUGGCAGCAGCAGUGUCGACCUUAACGGCUCUGGCGGAGGAGACGGCGCUGCGGGAGAGUUUCAUCCGAGACGAAGACGAGCGACCCAAAGUGGGAUACAACCAGUUCAGCGACGAAAUCCCGAUUAUAUCCCUGAAGGGCAUCGACGACGGCGGCGCGAAUGGCGGGGGACGGCGGGCGGAAAUCUGCGGAGAAAUAGUGAAGGCGUGUGAAGACUGGGGGAUCUUUCAGGUGGUGGAUCACGGCGUGGACGCCGCCUUGGUCGCCGAAAUGACCCGCCUCGCCCGGGACUUCUUCUCCUUGCCGGCUGAGGAAAAGCUCCGUUUUGAUAUGUCCGGCGGCAAGAAGGGCGGCUUCAUCGUCUCCAGCCAUCUUCAGGGUGAAGUUGUGAAAGAUUGGCGCGAAAUAGUGACAUAUUUCUCAUACCCUGAGAGGGAGAGGGACUACUCGAGGUGGCCGGACAAGCCAGAGGGAUGGAGGGCAGUUACGGCAAAAUACAGCGAAAAGUUGAUGGACUUGGCCUGCAAACUGCUAGAGGUUCUAUCAGAGGCGAUGGGGUUGGAGAAAGACGCCCUGACGGAAGCAUGCCUGGAAAUGGACCAAAAACUGGUGGUGAACUUCUACCCGAAAUGCCCCCAGCCCGACCUGACCCUGGGGCUGAAGCGCCACACUGACCCUGGGACCAUCACCCUUCUCCUCCAGGAUCAGGUCGGCGGUCUUCAAGCCACCAAGGACGGUGGCAAGAAUUGGAUCACCGUCCAGCCUGUGGACGGUGCUUUUGUUGUCAAUCUUGGUGACCAUGGCCAUUAUUUGAGCAACGGGAGGUUCAAGAACGCGGAUCAUCAGGCGGUGGUGAACGCGAACAGCAGCCGUCUGUCCAUAGCGACGUUCCAGAAUCCGGCGCCGGAGGCAAAGGUGUACCCUCUAAAGGCGAGGGAGGGGGAGAAGCCGAUUCUCGAAGAGCCCAUAACCUUUGCGGAGAUGUACCGGAGGAAGAUGGGGAAGGAUAUCGAGCUUGCCAGGCUCAAGAAGUUGGCCAAGGAGCAGCAGCAGGUUCUUGACGACGCCAAACACUUGGAGGCUAAACCCAUUGGUCAAAUUCUUGCUUGAUUGGUUUUUUUUUGCACAGAUGGAUAUUGAUUUUGGCCUUGGGGGGUUUUCUUUAUUAGUACUAUUUGAAUAAGAACAAUGCCAUCAUUUUUUUUGUUUUUUCUUUGAUUUAUUUGUGUUCUCAUGCAUGUAAACUGCUCCAUCUAAUAAUGUUGUUGUUGUUAUGCUGUUCUGAUGUGAACUAUGUAUGUUGGAUUAUAUUGUUGUUCAACUGCAAAUUGGGAAUGUGUGUUCAAAGAUGGAUGCCAAGUCAAAGGUAAAAUGGUUGGAUAUGUUUAAGAUUCAACCACUUAGAAAAAAAGAAUUUUCCUAAGAUGUUUUCAUUAGGCAAGAUGACUUUAGAGGAAUUAAAAGCCAAAAAUGUUA